AUGUCGACCUCCAAGAACGCACAUGCUCCCUUUCCAGAUGUUACAGGUCUUCGAACGUCAGGUCCUGACUUCUCUCGUGUCGGCCCGCAAUGCAAGCUCCUCCAAGUGCAAGAAACGCUGCGGUUCGACGCUCGCGCUAUCUCGGCCUUUUCCAAUCACGACCUCAAUCUCGCCAUCCUCUCGGCCUGGUCCGUCAUCCUCUUCCACUAUGGCUCGCACGAAGCCACCAAUGUCGAGGUGCUUCACACAUCCAAAGACGGCGACGAGACCCUUGUCGAGCUCGACUUUGCCGAGCAGCGGGAUCUCGACCAUUUCGCUCCUUCGCAACUCGCCUCCUUGAUCGAUGACGCCAGGAAACAAAAACUCGUGCCUGGCAACCUGGAUCACGGCUUCGCUGCCUUCUACCAGCCAGCCCACACCCACGAAUCAUCCCCCCACUUUCAAGAGCUUCAGCUAGCAGACAAGCCCCAAGUCUCAGUCGCCCUUUCCUACCACAUCAAUGACGCCAAUCGCAUCGAGCUUCAGAUGAAGGCAGCGCCUGCUGUACACUCUGAGAGCUCAGCAGGGCUUCAACUGCGUCAAGUCGCCGCUCUUCUGCAGUCCUACCAUGCUGACCCUGACCAGCACGCCUUGUCUGUCGAGCGCUUCGACUGGAAGCUCAGAGCAUCCGACAAUACCGAAUACCAGCAUCUCCCCGACCCGACUCAUCUUCAAGGCAGAGAUGCCGACCGUCUGGAGACCGAAUUCGAGUACUUUGCCCACUCCAAGCCGGAUGCUCUCGCGCUCGACUUCCGCUUCGACCUGCAAGACCGCGAGUCAACAAAAUGGACCUAUGCAGAGAUGAACGAGCGCGCCGAAAAGGUCAAGCAGCUUCUCUGGAGCCACGGCAUCGGCUCGGCCAACUCGGAUCCAGAAGCCGACCACAUCGUAGCUCUCUAUCUCGAAAAGAGUCCAGAAACCUACCUAUCCUUCAUCGGCGUUCUCAAGGCGGGCGCUGCGUGGUGUCCCAUCGACACCGACUGGCCCGCUUCCCGAAGACAGGCUCUGCUCGCCAAAUCGAAUGCCAAGAUCGUCCUGACACACGAUGACAAGAUCUCCCAACAGCUUCGGCAGGAUCUUGAAAGCCAAGAUGUAAAGAGCAAAGGUGGCAUGAAGGCCAUCCGUCUCGAUCAGCUCGAUGCGGAGCUGCAGCAGAUCCAGACGCCACCUUCUGCAAGCGGCGCUCGCUCAAUACAGCAGCUCGCCUACAUGAUCUGGACGUCCGGUACCACCGGCCUCCCUAAGGGCGUGGGCAUCCAGCACCUCGCCAUCAUCCAGGCCAUGCGUGCCCUUCGCAUCUACAUCCCUUACGGAAAGGACAAGAUCGGCACGGAUCAGAUCCGUUAUCUCCAAUACUCGGCCUACAACUUCGACCUUUCCAUCAUGGAUUGUUUCUACACGUGGGGUCUUGGCGGCACUAUUUGCUCAUGUCCACGUGGCGUCUUGCUUCAGGACCUUGUCGAGGUGGGCAACAGCCUCCAGCCCACACACACGCUUCUGACACCGGCGGUGAUGGCCAUGACCGAGCGUCACCGCGUUCCGAGCCUCAAGGUGGUCAUCUCUGGUGGCGAAAAGCUCAGUCAGGUCGUUGCCGACGAGUGGAGCAAAGACUGCUGCCUCCUCAAUCUCUAUGGUCCUGCUGAGGCUACACUGAUCGCCAUGAACCGUCGCGUGCCCUUUGGCGAUCGUGUCAAGGCACCCAACAUCGGUGUUGCACUUCCCACCGUCUCCUGUCACGCCCUUGACAAGCACGACCGCGUUGCAAUCAAAGGUGCAGUAGGAGAACUCGUCCUCGGAGGGCCCCAGCUAGCUCGCGGCUAUGUGGGCGAUCCUGUCAAGACCGCCGACAAGUUCUUCCCUCAUCCACAGCUAGGCAGAGUCUACCGAACCGGCGACCUGGUUCGACAACUCGACAACCAAGAGUUCGAGUACCUCGGACGCAUCGACGACCAAGUCAAGAUCAAUGGUAUCCGAAUCGAGUUGCUUGAGAUCAACGCUGCCAUCAAGAACAGCCACAGCAAGAUCAAAGACUCCGAGACCAUGGCUUUCCCAAAGAAAGACUACGAAAGCGAGCAGCAGAUCAUCAACUUCUCCGCUUUGCCCGGUGGUCAGUCAGGCGAGCUGCUCAGGACAGAUGAGGAGGCAAUCGCUGUGGCGCGAGAGCUGCAAGCUAACGCCAAAGACAGCCUUCCCUCCUACAUGGUCCCCAACCUCUUUGUCAUCCUCUCGCACUUCCCUCGCACAUCUAGCGCAAAGAUCGAUCGCGUCGCGCUCAAGAACGUGCUUGCCACCUUCGAUCAGCUCGAUUGGGAGAACAAGCUGGCUAACGAGGGAGACGAUCAAGACGUCGAUCCGGCGACCGCCGAGGCCGAAGCUUGCUUGAGAAAGUGGCUCGCCAAGCUUUGCAACGUCGACGCUGACAAGGUUGGCCGCAAAACCCCUUUCACAAGCGUCGGCCUCGACUCGAUCCGCGCCAUGAUGUUCUCGAAGCGCGUCUCGGAGGAAGGUUAUCCUGUCUCUGUGUUGGACGUUGCGCGCUUCUCUACGCUCAAGUCUCUAGGAGAGCAUCUGCAGAACUCGCAGAGCCUCUCCCAGGAACGUAACAAGCAGUCCGUCAGCUUCCUCGCCGACUUUGACACUGCUUUCCGUCCAGCCGUCUCAGCUUGGCUUCAGCAUCGCAACGACGGUUUCAACGAUGCCGACAUCCAAUCAAUUCUGCCUUGCACGCCUUUGCAGGAAGGUAUGCUGGCCGAGUCGCAGCGGGACAGCUCGAGCUACCGCAUCCAGCGUCAGUAUCAGCUACCCCGUGACUGUGAUCAGGAGCGCAUCUCCGAGGCUUUGAUCAAGACAGUUGCCCAUUUCGACAGUCUCCGUACCUCCUUCACCGAUGUCGGCUCGCUCGACGUGAACUCACAAGGACGCCAGUGGCCUUUCCAGCCUCACUUUCUGCAAGUUGUUUGGAAGUCGUUCGUCCCCCGCAUCGAGCAAAUAGAUCUCGCAGAGGGCGCUGAGGCUGAACAAGCGAUUCUCGCCGCCACAAGAACCAAGCUUGACCUCGAUCCUUUUGGCUAUCGACCACCGAUCGCUUUCUUGUUCGUCAAGCAAGGACCCGUCGAAUCGUUGGUUGUCGUAGCCCACCACAGUACAUACGAUGCUCGAUCGCUCGGCAUCUUUGAGGAUCACGUCGAAGCGUUGUACGAGGGACGCGACCCGCCACAGUCACUUCAAUUCUCCGCGGCGCUCGCCCAGAUCCUUCCCAUCGACGACCAGGAGGCGCACCGACAUGCCGGAGUCUGGAACAAGGCGCUCUCGAACUAUCCCAAAGGCGAAUCCGCCGCCUUCCCGACGCUCUCCCUGACCAAGCCAGCUCACAUCGAUGCCGAACAGGCGAACGUGCACCAGUCGCGCUACAUGAAAGCUGACGUCGACUGGACCAAAGUCGAAGCCGCUUGUCGCGAACUAGGCGUCUCCGCCCGACCACUUGUGCAGACCGCUUGGGCGGUGGUGCUCUCCGCGUACACAGAGUCUCAACACUUGAUCCUUGGCGACUCGGUGUCGGGUCGGACACUGUCUGCCGAGCUCGAUCAAGUGUACGGUCCCGUCUUGUCUACGGUGCCGGUACCGUUUGUGCUGCGCCCCGACCAGAAGCUCAGCGAUCUGGUCAAAGAGAUGGAUGCGUUCCACACUUCCAUCAUGGAAGCGCAGCACACCGACUUGGGAGCGAUUCGUCGCAUGCUCCAAGUACCACCGCGAGAGUCUCUCUUCCAUUCUGUGUUUGUUCUCGAGCCUGCUCCACAGCAGCUCGAAGGUUCUGCUCCAAACGGCUUCCACCUUGACAAGGUUGCCGAUCUUGGCGUUGCCACCGAGCACGUCCUUGGUGUAGAGGUGCUGCCGGCUUCGGAUGGAUCUAUCAAGCUGGGCCUGAGCUGGCAGAAGAGCAUCAUCAGCGAGAGUUUCGGCAAGAUCAUGCUCGAGCAGUUCGACCGCAGCCUCUCGAUGCUGUGCUCUUCACUCGACCUCAGUGUCGGCUCUUUCUUGUAUCAUGGCGCUCAAGCUGCAGAUCAAGGCUCGUCUUUGUUCUCGCUGACCACAACGAUCGAUCAAGACCAGCCCGCGUCCGAAGCCUUCGAGGGUGUCGCCGCCUCGCUCCACAAGCGAGCCAUCUCCGAAAAGAGGAAAGCAGUCGAGAUUUACGAAGAGCUGUCGGACUCGCCUUCCACUCGCAGGCCCACUGCAGUGCUUUCGUACGCGGAACUCGAGCAUGCCAGCAACGGUGUUGCGGGUCUUCUGGCUGAUCUUCCACGCAACUCGGUCGUUGGUGUCUGUCUCGAGCGCAGCCUAGAGAGCUACAUUGCGCCGCUCGCGAUCCUCAAAGCGGGCCACGCCUACCUGCCCCUCGAUCCGACGCUUCCCUUGGAUCGUAAAAGGGAGCUCAUCAAAGACAGCGGCGCCGCAAUGCUCAUAACCUCGGGGUUAAACGCCGACUAUGCCGAUGUUCAAAGGCUCGACACCAGUUCGGACAAAUUCAAGAACGCGACGAAGGACAGCAAGGUGACCGACCCCGUGCCAUUGCGGGCCGACGAUGUAGCCUUCAUCAUCUACACCUCGGGAUCGACGGGUAAACCCAAGGGUUGUCUGUUGACCCAGGCGAAUUUGACUGCUGCGAUUGAAGGCUUUCACUUUAACUACGAGAAAGAGGCGCCCGGCUCGUUUGAGAGUCCCGCACGGUUUCUCGCUCGAUCUGCAGAAGCGUUCGAUGUUCACUUGCUCGAGAUCUUCCUCUCGUUGCGGAUGGGUGCGACCAUUGUCACAGGUCCUCGCGCUCUGAUUCACGACGAUAUUGCCAGGACCAUGUCAACGCUCGAGGUCACGCACGCCUGUGUGGUGCCCUCGCUCUUCUUCAGCAAGGGAAAACGUAUCGAGCCAAGCGCGGUGCCUUCGCUGCGAGUGCUGAUCAUCGGUGGCGAGGCCCUCACGCAGGAUCUCUGUCAGAUGUGGGGAAGCGAAGGUGCGGAACGGCCAGUGGUGCUCAACGCCUAUGGACCAAGCGAGGCCACGAUCGGCAACUCGGUUGCUCGUGUUAGCAAGACUUCACGCCCCAGCAACGUCGGUGCGCCGUUCCCUGGCACCCAGUACCUUGUUCUCAAAGAGGUCGACGGAGACCUUGUACCGACCCUGCGCGGUGAGCCGGGCGAGUUGUGCAUUGGAGGCAAACAGGUCGCCAAGGGCUACCUCAACCGCUCGGACGCUUCCUCGUUCACUCACUUCAACGGUCACCAAAUCUAUCGCACUGGAGAUAUGGUGCGUCUGCAUCCGACCGACGAAGUGGAGUAUCUAGGCCGCAUGGAUGGGUCGCAGGUCAAGGUGAGGGGAGCCCGUCUCGAGCUUGGAGAGGUGGAUACUGCACUCACAGCUUCCUUGAACGAGGACCUUGGGUCGGAAGGUACUGCUGUAACGAUUCACGCGGAUCAUCCCGAGAUCCAAGGAGCCGCACGACUGGUGUCUUUCUACGCACCAGAAAGCGCCAGAACAAAGCAGAGCGACGCUGCGGGGCCCCCUGCGUUGCUAGUCGAGUCGAACGACGCUAUCGAACUGGCGACCAAGUUGAGGACAAGCGUGCGAGGCCGUCUGCCUCAGUACAUGGUGCCGUCCCUCGUGCUCACGUUGACCUACUUGCCCAUCUCGCCCCUCUCAGGCAAGGCAGACCGACGAUUGCUCAAGGAACUGUAUCAAUCAAUCCCGUCCGGUCAGCUCUCGACGCUUUCAGGUUCUGACGAGUCCCAGCAACGAGACUUGACCAGCAAUGAGCAGGCGGUUGCCGAUCUCGUUCGCUCCAGCGUCCGCAUUGCUUCUAAUGCAAAGCUUACACAUGAUCUCGAUCUCAUCAUGGCAGGCUUGGACAGCUUGACAGUCGUCACUCUUGCUAGCAAGCUGCGAAAGCACGGCUACGACGCUUCGGUCUCCUCCAUCAUGAACGCCCCUACCAUCGAGGCUAUUGCGAGCCAGCGCAAGGAUGAGCGAUCAUCGGACGGCACUGCUGAUACCGAGUGGCAGCAGAAGGUAGCGGAUCUGACCGAUAAGGCAAGAUCGUUACCACAAUUCGGCCAGACUUCGAUCGAGGUCGCCGUUCCGUGUGUGCCGAUGCAAGUUGCUCUCGUCUCGCAGGCAAUUUCGGACGAUCGCGACACACCCCGCUACAUAACCACGAUGACGAUCGCUUUGGAGAGUGAUAAUUUCUCUGUCGAGCAGAUCCACACUGCCUGGUUGGAUACGCUAUCCCGACAUGAGAUCUACCGCACGGUGUUUGCCGAGGUCGAUCGCACGCUUGUGCAAGUAAUUUUACCCCCCGACAGCUUGUCUUCGAGCUGGUCAACUUCCUCGCAGCCGCUUCCAUCGGCCGACAAGCUUGCCGACUACCAUUCUCGGACAGCUAAGGAUAUCAUCGCGAAGAUCGACAGCGUCCCCCCUCUUCGCCUUAAGCUCUGGCAGGGUGGGAAAGCUGCGCUCACUCUCACAUGCUCGCAUGCAAUUUACGACGGCGAUUCCGUCCGCAUGCUUCUCAAGGAGGCGUCGGACCGUCUCACCGCCAAGUCGCGGGACGAGUCUGCGCUGCCAUUCCGGGCAGCCGUUCGCUGCAUCGUUGGCGACGCGAAGGAGAAGGAAGACAAACAAUUCUGGACCGAGGCGCUCGAUGGCUUCUCGUUCACUGCCGUGCCCAACCUGACGGGCGUACGUCCCGAGUACAACACAAGCCGCAGCGAAGAGCUCACCGUUUCGUCAAGCCUCUCCUUUACUCAAUUGGAAAAGGCAGCCCGAGCCAGCAAGGUGACGGUGCAGUCUCUCUUGGUCGCAGCCUAUGCUCAGCUCCUCGGGCUUUAUGUCGGAGAGGACGACGUCACCCUUGGACUCGUGCUGUCUGGCAGAAGUAUCCCUGUCGAUGGUGUUGAGUCGAUUCACGGACCUUGCGUCACAACUGUGCCGCUCCGCCUCACUGAAGCAAGAUCGAAGUUGCCCUCGGAAUUCUGCAUGCGAGCUCAUCAAGUGGUCAACGCGACGCUUCCCCACCAACACGUAUCUUUGCCGCAGCUGAUGCGCUGGCUGGACCUUUCGAAAGCGCCUUUCGAAGCUCUUUUCUCCUACCUCGGACAGUCUGACUCGAGUUCAGAUGGAAACAUCUUCUCAGAGGGAGACAGUCAAAUGGAACGCGACUAUCCGCUAGCGCUCGAGGUCAGCGCUGUUGGGGAUACCGUGAACGUGCAUCUCGCCUUUGACGCUCGCUCGCUCCCUAUCGACCAAGCAAACCGGAUGCUCUCACAGUACGAAGGCAUCCUUGCCACCUUCGUAGGGGCAAAGCAAGCUGCGACGCUUGACGAAAAGCAGCUUUCCAUCCUCAACAAGGAAUGCUAUGUCCCCACCGAUCCAGAGGAGACGAUCGUUGCACGCUUCAAGAAGCAUGCGCAAAGCUCUCCAGAAGCACCGGCAAUCGUCUUCGCUUCUUCCAUGCAGCAGCCUACACAGACGACAUCGUACGCCGAGCUGGAUUCACUCAGCCGUAACAUCGCCCUGAACCUAGUGCAGAAGAAAGGUCGCUUCAUUGGCGUUCAUCUCAAUAAGGAAGGUCCCGAGCUCUAUGCAACCAUCCUGGCAAUCUGGAAGGCCGGUAAAGCUUACCUACCGCUCGAUCCGUCUCUGCCAACAGAGCGCCUCUCGUACAUGAUUCAGUCCGUAGGAGAUUGCCCUGUCGUAGCGAGUCGAUCAACGAAGGACAACCUGUCGGGCUUCGCAUGUGAAUUGCUCGAGCUUGAAGGUCUCAUCGUGCCGCCACCGAAUGGAAAGGAGCUCCCGACGCCCAACCUCGAUGCUGCUUGCUACCUGCUCUUCACUUCAGGAUCGACGGGCAAGCCCAAGGCGGUGCAGAUCAAUCAGCGCGCUCUUGCUGGAGCUCUGUACUCGUGGGAGCGAAUCCUGCCUUUUACUCGCCAGUCUCGUUUCCUGCAGCUCGCGUCCAUCGGGUUCGACGUCUGUCUGAUCGAGAUGUGCAUGCCACUCUCGCUCGGGUUUUCUAUCGGCACUGCACCCAAGCAGGAGCUGCUCGAGGACCUCACGCAUUCCAUCAAGCACUUGGGCAUCACCAUUGCCGAUCUGCCCGCUGCGCUUGCGGGCACGGUGCAUCCCGAAGAUGUGCAGCUCGAGUGGCUGAUGAGCGGAGGCGAUGUGAUCGACUCUCGCGUCGUCGAUGAAUGGAACCAAGCCAAUCGACUCCUUAUCAAUGCUUGGGGACCGACCGAAGCUACGAUCGGCAACACGCUUGGACAGGUCAAGACCGGAGCCACGAGGAACCUCAUCGGACGCGUCUAUCCAUCGUCGUCGAUGUUCGUGCUGAAGGAGAACUCCAACCGCAUCUUGCCUUCCGGCGCUAUCGGCGAGCUGGCUGUCGGCGGACCACAGCUGGCCGACUGCUAUUAUGGUCGCGAAGAGCUCACCGCCGAAAAGUUCAUCUUGCUAGAGGAUGGGACACGGGUCUACCGCACCGGAGACCUCGGACGCUUCUUGGCAGACGACACGGUCGAGUGUCUCGGUCGCAUCGGAUCCGAUCGUCAGGUCAAGGUCAACGGACAGCGCAUGGAGCUCGAUGAAGUCUCGUCGGUCAUCUCGGCUCAACCCGGUGUUCACGACGCGGACGUUCAGUACCUCAAACAUCCUUCGAUGGGCUCUAAGCAGCUGGUCGCGUUUGUGAGUGCCUCCGACUCGAAAGGCAAACAGGGCGAGGUGGGCGUUCGUGAAGAUGACAAGGCCAUCGAGCUAUGCAUACGCCUCGAAGAAGAAGCCGCCAAGCGGCUAGCGGCGUACAUGGUGCCCACGCACUGGAUCGCAGUGAGUCACGCUUUGCCACUCACACACAACAACAAGAUCGACCACACGGCGCUGGCGACGUUCUACGAGCGCUUGGAUGCAUCGUUGCUCCGAUCGCUUGGUGCAAAGAGAGAAGGCGCCGUCUCCAACCAAGCAUGGUCAGAGUCGGAACAGAAGCUGCGCGAGCUUGUGUCCAAGUUCUGCGACGUGCCACAAGACCAGAUCGCAAGGACCACCUCGUUCCAUCGCCUCGGGAUCGAUUCGAUCUCUGCCAUCCGUCUCGUCAAGGAGCUGCGCGCAGACGGGUUCACCUUUACUGUCGCAGAUGUCCUCAGCACUCCGAACAUUGCUGCGCUUGCGGAGAAGCAGGGAUCGUCUCCUACUUCUGACCAGGAACAGCAGAGCGAUGCGCUCAAACAGUGGGUGGAACAUACCAAUGUGGUGGCGGACAAAGAGGGAUGGAAGUGGUCGGACGAGGACUCGAUCGUGUCCAUCUUGCCCUGCACACCACUGCAGUCGGGCAUGAUCGCCCAGUCGCUAGCCUCAGGUGGUCGUCUGUACUUCCACCACCAUGCCUUCGAGCUGCGAGGUCUUUCGUCCAAAGAAAAGGUCGUGGCCGCAUGGCACAAGCUCGUCGAGCGUCUCGACAUCCUCCGAACGACCUUCCAUCCCGUCGAUGGCGCACAUCCCUGGGCGCAAGCGGUGCACUCGACAAGCGCGCCGCAUAUCAUCGAGCACUCUGGCAGCUUCCAAGGCCGAGCAUUGGAUGCAAUCGAUGGACAGCCGUGUUUCGACGAUGAGCAGGCCUUCCGCACUUCGUCUUGUGCUCUUCAUCUCUGGUCCCAAGACCGCAAGAUUGUUAUGUUCCUGAGCAUCCAUCACGCUCUGUACGAUGGAAGUUCGCUGCCACAGCUGCUUGAAGACUUCGAAGGUCUCAUCACGGAUGAUCAAGCACGUUUGCCCGUGCGUCUGCCCUUCCACGAGUUGGUGCCCUCGCUCUUAUCGCAGGAGGAGGACGUACAGCACUGGGUUGACACGAUGCGAGAGUUCCAGCCUAAGCCGCUCGCUGAGCGAUCUGGUCAGAGCGGUGCAGCUGUGCUUCUCGAGAGGCAGCUUGCGCUCUCCUCGCAGGAACUCGAGUCAGGCUGCCGCGCCAUCGGUGUCUCGCCCCAGGUGCUUGCGAACCUUGCCUUUGGAAAGAUGUUGGCCAUCGAGACCCAAACGCGGGACGUCUGCUUUGGUCAGCUCUUUGGUUUGCUCGACCUGAUGCCCGAAGCCGAUACCGCUGUUGGACCAGCGUUCAACACUGUUGCCACUCGCAUCCGCUUCGAGCAGCUCGACGAGCCUGUCAAAGGCUUUGCAGCAGCGCUUCAAGCCGCCAAUGAUGCUGGACGACCACAUCGACGUGCAGCGCUCCGCGAUGUGCAAGCCAAGCACGGUCGUGGACAGUUGUUCGAUGCUCUGUUCGACUAUCAAAGGUCAUACGAUGAGGACGAGAGCAAGCUAAAGCCGCUCGAGUUGAACGAUGACGGCACCGAUCGAGCCCAAUAUACGCUCAACGUUGCUUUUGUGCAGGGACCGAGUCGUAUGUCGAUCGUAGUCAAGGCCGAUCGCAACCGUUAUGACCAGGAAGCGCUUGCGAGCCUCGUCGAUCAACUCGAGGCCCUGCUGCAGCAUCUUCUCCAGCAAGUCGAGCAGCCGAUCUCGGCUUUGCCAGACGUGUUCGGCGACACCCGCUUCCCGGAACACCUGCCCAACAUUGACGCUGUCAAUGGCGCCCGCAGCUCAAAUAGCGCCAGGCAGAAUGGUGUUGGACGUCCUCUCAGCGAGGAUGGACGCAAGCUCGCCACCAUCAUCAGCAAAGUUGCCGGCAUCGAAGAGAAAGACUUGCACGGCAAUACCCGCUUGUCUCAGCUCGGCUUGGACUCGAUCUCGGCGAUUCGCAUAGCCUCACAGGCUCGCAAGGCUGGCAUCAACCUGCGUAUGGGCGAAAUUGUGGCUGGCGAGACCAUUGACGGUAUUCUCUCUGGACUGUCUCGAGCGAACGGCGCCAAAGCCAAUGGAACAGUCAACGGCCAUGGUCAUGCCAAUGGUGCUCCGAACGUGUCCCCCGAGCUGGCCAAGCAGGUGGCGCUUGGUCUCGCGGUCGAAGCUGACCAGAUCGAGCGCGUACUGCCAAUCCUGGCUGGACAGAAGCUGUGGUUGGCAACGUGGGCGCAGUCCAAGCGAGGAGAUGGUGGCUUCAGUUUCGCCUAUCGGCUGGACGGCGCGAAGAGAGACAAAGUUAGAGCGGUCUGGCAGAAGCUGAGACAGCUACAGCCCAUCCUCCGCACCGCUUUUUUGCUGGGACAGGAUGGAAGUGCCGCUCAGGUCGUGCUCAAGUCUGGCUCUGUCUCGGCCGAUGCUGGCUUCGCUGAGGUGCAGGUAGAGGCCCAAGAUGCGGAACACGCGGCCAAGGAGGUCGUCGGCCGUCGUGCAGCGGAAGGGUGGUCAGAUCUCACGAGGCCACCUGCUCAAUUGACUCUAGUCGGUGACAUCGUCGUGUUCUCUCUUCACCACGUUCUCUACGACGCCUUUUCCAUCGACUUUAUGGUUCGCGAUUUCUCCUCGCUGUACACCGGCGGCGAUGUCGUCAGCCCUGACCAGUGGCCACAGGCUGUAGAGCACAUUGCAGCAGACCAACUGGCCGCUAGAAGCGAUGCACAGAAAUACUGGUCUGACGCGAUCUCACCGGCAAGCAAGGGACUGUUGGCGGGAGAAAGCAGCAGUGUCGAGGGCGACGCGUUCCACGCUCAGCACAACGCCAUCGAGGUGUCUCCCGCAGUGGACAUCAAGUUGCGCAAAGCAGGCCUGACAUUGCCCGCUCUCGUCGUCGCUGCUUGGUCGACGCUCUUGUCCGAGCGAAUGUCUGAGCGAUCGCCGGUCUUUGGCCUGUACCAACUGGGUCGAUCGACAUCGUUCGACUCGAUCGAAAAGGUGCAAGGUCCUCUGCUUAACUGCUUGCCUAUCCAGCUUGGCGGUGGCUCGAUGGUCGACAGAGCCCGAGCGGCAGUGCAGGAGCUCAAGACUCGCGGCAAGUUUGAACAGACCGAUCUAGUCGAUGCACACCGUUGGGCAGGUCUCAAGGAGGACGAGGCGAGCUACAAUACUUUUGUCAACAUCCUGAUCGCUCAGCAGGAGAGUGAAGUGGAAGAGGAGACGUUGUUACAGCCGGUGGAUCUGGGACAUCCGCUCGACUACAGCAAGAAAGUCACCGCACAGGACGUACGUGGAAAGGAGGCGAAAGCAGUGGCAAGGCACGCGGCGAUCUGGCAGCCCGAUGUCAACCUUGAUGUCGUCCUCAAGGACAGCGGGUUGGACGUCGCGAUCAAAGCCAAGACGAGUGUUGUGCGCGAGGCUGAGCUGCCAAAACUCGUCGCGAAGUUCGUCGGGUUGCUGCAGGAUGCGCUCGAGGAGAUAUGCAAUCCUGAAACUGAAGCUGUUGGUCAAGGAAGCCGAUCUGAAGUAUACAGAUACUACUGUGGUCUGUUGGAAGGUCCUCUCGACCGCGUGCGAACGUACCCACCUCGCAUUGUUCGCAAGCUCCAGAGGAAGUGGGACAAGGGGAAAGCUCCUGUUAGUCCAUCUCACCUGGUGGACGGUUUUGUGUGCAUCGACUUGUUUGGCGCACCCCUGUGA